CAGCGAAUACGACGUACAGUGUGGCAGUUCUACAGAUGUGUGUGUGGUAGAUGUUGACUUUCCAUUUAAAGAACCACCUGUGAAGUAUAAAACGAUCGCAGAGGUGAAGAACAUGGCUCCGAAACAAAACGUUGAUGCUGUUAGAGUUAAGGUACUUCAUGUUAAUUCUUCGACUUCAACUGUUGAGAUCCGAGGAGUGCCCGUUGAAACACAAACCUGCUAUAUAGCAGAUCACACAGAUUUUGUGAAGAUUCACUUAUGGGAUGCACAUUUGGGAAUGUUGGUGAAUGGUCACUCAUAUGACAUCAGGAAUGUGGCAACCAGAGAUUUUGAUGGAUUGUACGUGACGACAACUCAAGGUUCACAGAUUACAAUGCUGAAAGGUCUAUCUGGUGAGAUUGUAAAGCUUCCAUUUACAUUGGAAGAAACUAAUAUCACAACACUGACCGGUCAAGUAUCUGCAGCUCAGGUGAAUGUAUGCCGACGAUGUGUGAAAUGUAAUGCUUGGCAGGCUGGGUUUGAUGGAAAACGCACAUUUCAUCGUUGUGAGAAGUGUGGCCUCCUGCAGAAGAGUGAAAGUUUUCAGCCAAAUGUAACAGCCAAAGUCUCGGUGUCAGGCGACUUUGGUGAAGAAGACUUGAAGUUGUCCAAUUCAGUUUUGAAGCAUUAUUUGGAGGCACAGGGACUUCUCAAGUUGCUAUCUGAUAGACAGAGUGUUGAAGAGCAUUUCUUUGAAAUUGGACUGUGCACUUUCAAGGUGCAGGAAAACACUGUUAUUUCACUGAGCAAGUCGGAGGAUAACAGAGAGGAUGUGAGUGGGACUGACAGUUCCCUUGGAGAGGUUGAAGCAGCAGACAUGGAGCGUUUGUUUAAUGACUCUUAAGAAACUGGACAUGGUGAUUUCUUGGAUUUGUAUGUGUCAAAAGAAUUUCUGUAGCUGUUCAUGAAAAGUGCAUAAUUAAAAGUGAUAAGUAGUAAAAAUUUAUAAUAAUAGUGGCAAACUCAAAAAUGGAAAAAUUAUGUUAAUUUAGUGCCAGCCUUAGUAUUGUUUAUUUUAAAUUAUAAUUAUUUUACUGUCAUUUUAACAUGUGUAUCAUGUACAUUUUCAUUUAUAAAAAGAAGUUUUAGUUUUGAUGGGAAACGCACAUUUUAUUGUUGUGAGAAGUGUGGCCUCCUGCAAAAGAGUGAAAGUUUUCAGCCAAAUGUAACAGCCAAGGUCUCGGUGUCAGGCGACUUUGGUGAAGAAGAUUUAAAGUUGUCCAAUUCAGUUUUGAAGCAUUAUUUGGAGGCACAGGGACUUCUUGAGUUGCUUUCUGAUAGACAGAGUGUUGAAGAGCAUUUAUUUGAAAUUGGACUGUGCACUUUUAAGGUGCAGGAAAACACUGUUAUUUCACUGAGAAAGUCGGAGGAUAACAGAGAGGAUGUGAGUGGGACUGACAGUUCCGUUGGAGAGGUUGAAGCAGCAGACAUGGAGCUUUUGUUUAAUGACUCUUAAGAAACUGGACAUGGUGAUUUCUUGCAUUUGUAUGUGUCAGAAGAAUUUUAAUAGCUGUUCAUUAAAAGUGCAUAAUUAAAAGUGAUUAGCAGUAAAAGUUCAUGAUAAUACUGGCAAA